UCGGGCAACGGCGCGAGACGGGCGCGGGCGGGUGUGCGGCCCGACGUGGCGGAAGACCCGAUCCAUUGCGCGCCGGCUGCGCACACAUUGAUGCCGCCCGUGCUCGACGCCUUGCCAAAGUCGCGUUAUGUUUUUCAAAGUGACAGUACUUUCCUAGAAACUAUCAUGUAACACUAAUUGCAUCUGGAGAUAUAAGUGAUCUCAUUAUUGUUUUGUUUCUGAUGCGAAUGGGUGAUGAUAUUGUCUCGUGCUUCGAAGAGCCUAUUGUAGUGAUUCCAACGCAAACAUCCGAAAUAUGUUACAUUUUCGCGGUAGACGAGGCAGAUAGUGGAUAGGGGUAUGGCGAGCGAUGGGGCGUCGAGCGGCGGCAUGGAGCCAGCGAGCUUGGAGUACAUGGAGGACCCUUACUUUGUGCCGCCGGACGACGAGUCAACGCCGAGCUUCGACGUGGCCGUGGACGAGUUGGACGAAGUCGAGGAGAUAGCCAACUGGCCACACGAUGACCCCGAGGCAGAUUGGCGCGCGUUGCCCGAUCUUGUGGACUCCGGAUUGUGCAUAGAGACAGAGUUUUACAUGGACAAUCGGCGCCGACGACUAAGAAUAUUUCGAAAAAAAAUGCGAGAAGUCCGAGUAACGUUCCAAGAUUUAUCUAAGCCGUAUCUUGCCAAAGUUUCCAGUCACACAAACUACAAGAAGUUUUUAGGUAUCACUCUCGGAGCUGAAGAAGCGAUGGCAGCGACGGGCGCCGCCGGCGACGCGCAAACGCCCGACGAGCUGGUGGGGCUGACGCCCGAGCAGGCCGAGCAGCUGCGCGCCGAGUGGAGCCGCGAGCUCGCGCGCGUCGAGGACGAGAUCGCCACGCUGCGCACCGUACUGCAGAGCAAGAUUCGUCAAAGUUCCGAACUCAAACGAAAACUUGGCAUUACAGUGUGGAAAGAAAUUACUGAAGAUGUUAAUCAGGGUUUGAAAAAUGUUAAGGAAAGCCAAGUCUAUCAGUCGAUAGAAACACGCGUGGCCACACUUACACAGGCUGUGACAGAAUCACCAAUAUACCAAAAAACUGAAUCUGUGAUAAAAUCGACGGCGGAGAAGACGACCUCGAUACUGGGCGGCAUCACGGCCGGCGUGUCGCACAAGCUCGGCCAGAUGCGCAACUCCGACUCCUUCCGCUCCAUCGAGGAGCGCGUCGGCUCCGCUUAUGAAAACGUUAAGGGUAAAGUAGCCUCGCGGUCCAACUCGACACAGAGCUUCGACGAGGCGCUCCGCGACGCAAGCCGCGCGGCCAGCGGCGCCACCUCGCCCACCAUCCCCGAGAACAAGCCGCUGCCCUAGGCCGCGCGCACGCAGGGACGGGACGUUACACGAGCAACGAGCAACUGAAAUAACGCAAAACUUGAAUCAAUUUGAUUUACAGUACUUUUUAACAGACUUCAAAAAAGGAGUUUCACAAUGAGGGUUUUCGCGAUUG